AUGGUCCAUCUCGCCUCCGCGCUUGCACGGACUUUACCCCUCGCCGGUCUCGCCGUCGCAGCUCCGGCUAUCUCAACUCCAUUUCGGAGACAAACAUCUAGCAACGACGCCUGUGCCGAGAUUGGCCGAGCUUACGAUGAAGCCGUUUCGGCAAACACAACAAACAACGUGGUGGUGAAGCCUUCAGUCGCAUACGAGUGUCUGAGAUCGAUCCCGGUAGACGUCGAAAGAGACGUUGCGAUUGUCGAAUACAUCCGGCCGUGGCUCGAGUUCCAAAGCACAAUUGGCAUUCUUCCUAACCCACCGGAUGAGUACCUGUACCCAGGGGUCGACAUCUUUGGCGGGUUCGACAACAUCACGAACUCUCUCGAGAAUGGCGGAUACGAAUCGCAGCUUGACUUCACUGUGGAUCUGUACAGACUGAUCAAUGUCAAGCCUCGCGAUGGGCAUUUGGCGUGGUUCCCUGCUCUGGCCCUCUUGAUCAACUUCUCGACCCCAGCCCUCUUCGUUUCAAUCUCAGAAGACGGUGUCCAGGCGCCCAGGAUCUACCUUCACUCCGACUAUGAGCGAAGCCUGCAGCAAGGGUACAAUGCGUCCGAGGUCAAGUCCUUCGACAACUCAUCCAUCGUCGACUACAUCCAGCAGCGAGCCGUCGACAACUCGCGAGACCAGGAUCCCGACGCGGCAUACAACGAGCAGCUCUACAGCGCGGCCUUGGCCAACGUUCUUGAGACCACUGGUGCUCGCAGGUACUACCACACGACUCUCUCGGACGAGAGUGUCAUCGAGUUCACCAACGGCACUGAGGCGACUGUCGUCAACACCGCCCGUGUUGUGACGAACUUCUCCGGCAUCGACUCUGGCAGCGCCGUCCACGACCGCUUUGAAGUGCCUGGAGACGACGGCGAGGCGGAGGUGAAGCUUGAAUCUACCACAAGGGACUUUUCGCCGGAAUUGGAGGGAUACCCGCUCCCUCUCGUCAUCCAUGAGGAUAGGUACAUCAGCGGCUACGUCUUCAACGAUUCAGCCUUGGAAGACGCGGCCGUUCUGGCCGUCAACAGCUUCGUGUCGCAAAACAACACCAGAACUAUUGGCCAGACUGUCAUCGAGGCGAUGUUGGAAGACCCCAUCGAAUUCGGCAGAGUCGCCAUCGAGUUCGUCGAAGCCAGCAGGAGACAAGGGAAGUCCAAGCUCAUCCUCGACCUGCAAGGCAACGGCGGCGGCUUGGUGGCCAACGCGAUGGCCCUGUACGGGAUUCUGUUUCCCGAGGGCGGCAAGGAGGCGCACAUGAACAUGCGUGUUCGCGCCCACCAGGCCCUCGACUGGGUCGGCUCAACGGCAGAGAAGCUCGGCGUCGAUUUGCAGACGAUCCCGUACCCCGUGGGCUUCAGCGGCUUCGUCGACGAGGACCUGAAGAAUUUCACCAACUGGGAGGACUUUUACGGCCCGGAGAAGAUCGGCGACGACGAGUACACCAACAUCGUGCAGCCGGCGUCCGUGGCCACCGCCCGCGACGGUAGCCCCGGCGUCUUCGAGGUCCCGGAGCCGUGGUUCAAGCCCGAGGACACCGUCAUCGUCACCGACGGCCACUGCGCGUCGGCCUGCGCCUACGUCGUGGGCAUGAUGACCCGCGAGCUCGGCAUCCAGGUCGUCGCCAUGGGUGGCCGGCCGAUCGACGCGCCCAUGCAGGCCGUCGGCGGCACCAAGGGCGGGCCCGUCCUCUCGCUGAACCUCUACCAGCUCCUGUACCCGACGCUCGGCGCCUUCGCGACGCCGCCCGACGACGUCGACCUGACGCCCUUCGCGCAGCGGGACCCGCCGCUGGCCGGUUCGCCGACGGCGACGUGGACCAUCAACUCGGCCAACGUGUACCUCGACGACGACCUCGACGGCACGCCGGUCCAGUUCCGGUACGAGGCGGCGAACUGCAAGCUGUACUACACCUGGGACACCCUGACGAACAUGACCAGCCUGUGGGCGGCGGUGGCGGGCGUCAAGUGGAACGGCGGGCGGUGCGUGGCGGGCUCGACGACGAACGACGACGGCACCAUGGGCUCGUCGACGGUCGGGUACUCGGACAAGGUCGUGUCGGGCUUCCAGUGGGCUGCCGGCCCCGGUGACGUGAUUGAGGGGGCGAGCUCUGGUAACGGCGGCGGCGGCGGCGGCGAUGACAACGACGAUGGGAACGGUGGGGGUGGUGGAAGCGGCGAGGACGAGAGCGCUGCCGGCUCGCUUCGCGCCGGAGGAGGCCUGUUGGCUUUCCUGAUGUUCGCGGUGGUGUUGGUGUUCAACAUGUAA